AUGGGUUCAUCUACUUCUAAACAAUCAUCAUCAUCAAAUCUUAAGAUUCCCCCUCCAUUACAACGAACUGAUACUUCAAAUUCAACUAAAUCAACAAGAUCAAUAAGACUGAAACUAUCCCUAUCAAGUAUUAAUGAUAACAACAACAACAACAACCAUGACAACAACAACAGCAAUACUGGUACACCUAGAAUAUUAUCUAGAAAGAAUUCAACUUCAUCAUACCAUACCACCACCUCAACUACUGAUGACAUUAAUGGUCCACCAAUAAUAAAUAAUAACAACAACAACAAUGAUCUACCGAAUGGAACUAAUGGACAAACAACAAUAUCUCACAAUAACAGUUAUUCCAAUUUUCAAACUUCUUUUAAUAAUAAAUUACCACCAUCAAUGAUUCAAAUCCCACCAAAAGAACCAAUUUUAUUAAGAAGAAAUACAAAUGAUACUAUAAAUACUUCAAUAAGUGUAGAAUCUCCAUUAUUAUCAUCUUCAGUUAACAACAUCAAUAAUAAUGGAAAUAAUAAUAAUAUCUCCCGAACUUCCACGAAUCAUUCAAUACCGUCACUUUCCGGUACUUCCCCAUUGGCAAUAUCAUCAUCCCCCAUGGUAUCAUCAACUACAAACACCCCCAAUACAACAACAGUAUCUACUCCAACUCAAGAAUAUGAUCAGAAAUCUAUCCAUAGUAGAACAUCCCUGAUGGGAGAUUUAGCAGAAUUAUCAAAAACUUCAUCAAUAUCAAGAAAUAUAAUUAAUAAAAGUACAACCAAUACUUCAAUAUCAAAUAAUGCAUAUACUAUCGAUAUAGAAGAUUUAAUUCAACGAUUAUUAGAUGCGGGAUAUAGUGGGAAACGUACGAAAAAUGUAUGUCUUAAAAAUACCGAAAUUCAAUUAAUUUGUGCCACCGCAAGAGAAAUCUUCCUUUCUCAACCUAGUUUAUUAGAAUUAUCCCCGCCGGUGAAAGUCGUCGGUGAUGUUCAUGGUCAAUAUGGAGACUUGAUUCGAAUCUUCACCAAAU